GGCCCGCGGGCGCCUGCGCGGAGAGCGGAGCCGGACGGGCGGGCCGUCAGCUGACUGUGGCGCGGCGCUUCCGCGGGCGCAACCGGUGGCGUCGCGACUCCCGGCGUCGGCUCCCCGGGGCGAGGCGCGGGCACGAUGGCGACCACCGUCAGCACGCAGCGCGGGCCGGUGUACAUUGGCGAGCUCCCACAGGACUUCCUGCGCAUCGCACCCACACAGCAGCAGGAGCAGAUCCGGCUGGAUGCACAGGCAGCCCAGCAGCUUCAGUUUGGGGGCGCCGUGGGCACCGUGGGCCGGCUCAGCAUCACUGUGGUACAGGCUAAAUUGGCGAAGAAUUAUGGCAUGACCCGCAUGGACCCGUACUGCCGCCUGCGCCUGGGCUAUGCUGUGUAUGAGACACCCACAGCUCACAACGGGGCCAGGAACCCGCGCUGGAACAAGGUCAUCCAGUGCACGGUGCCCCCGGGCGUGGACUCCUUCUACCUAGAAGUCUUCGAUGAGCGAGCCUUCUCCAUGGACGAUCGCAUCGCCUGGACGCACAUCACCAUCCCUGAGAGCCUGAAGCAGGGCAAAGUGGAGGAUGAGUGGUAUAGCCUGAGCGGGCGGCAGGGUGACGACAAGGAGGGCAUGAUCAACCUGGUCAUGUCCUACACGUCACUGCCCGCUGCCAUGAUGAUGCCACCGCAGCCUGUUGUGCUGAUGCCCACCGUGUACCAGCAGGGCGUCGGCUACGUGCCCAUCACAGGGAUGCCCGCUGUGUGUGGCCCUGGCAUGGUGCCCAUGGCCGUGCCCCCCACAGCCCUGAGUGCACAGCCCCGCUGCCAGGAGGAGGACCUGAAGGCCAUCCAGGACAUGUUCCCCAACAUGGACCGGGAGGUGAUCCGCUCCGUGCUGGAGGCGCAGAGAGGGAACAGAGACGCGGCCAUCAACUCUCUGCUGCAGAUGGGCGAAGACUCCUAGGACUGUGGCCCUUCCUGACUUGCCUGGCCCACCCGUGUCAGAUGCAUGUGGUUCCCAUGCCUGCCAACUGCUCAUGAUGGGGCUGGAGCCCAACGGGCCAUCCUCCCGGUAUGCUGAUGGCACGCAAUCCUUUGCCAUAAUGGGGUUGUCCUACUAAUCCAGGCACGUCCAUUACCUUCUGUAGGGGUCAUUCUGGAACCUUCCCACUGAAAAUCUGCAUCCUUCCCUGGGCAUUCUUUGUGGGCUAGGCUCCUUGUUGCCUGCCCCAGCCAGAGGCGACCCUCUAAAUGGCGGGUGAGGGCGCUGCUCUCUCCCUGUCGUUUUUGGGUCCCAGGGGCGCUUACGGCUCCUGCGUUCGUGUGGCACGGUCUAAGCUUGGGGUGUGAGUGUACCUGCAGGCUUCGCGUUCUAAAGGGUGAUUAGAACUGUCCUCUCAUGGCUGGGGUGAUGGAAUCUGUCCCGGGUGCUGGGUGUGGGUCCAUGCCGUCAUUUGCCUGUCUGUAGGGAGAGACUGUGCCUACCCCUGGACGUUCCUGUUGGCUCUACUCACGGGCAGGGGUGGGGUAGGGACGGGCUGGGAGAUAAUCCAGUGCCAGUGACAGGUCUGAGCCACUCCCCAAGCGAUGCACUUUAUAAACAAACAAGCCCACGUUGAAAACU